AGGGGCCGACACUUGUCAGGAAGGGUUCGCAAGAACAGAGGAGGGCUACGUCUCCGCUCUUCAACAAAUUCCCUUAACUUAACCUAAUAGUUUUUUGUUUUUUUACCUCUGGAUACUGGAUAUCUUUCUUGGUAAGUUUUGGAAUCAAAUAGCCGUCAAACAAAUCCGUCUAGAAAGGAGCUACAACUUGUUUGAAGCGUCUAAUGUACUGAACGAAACGGAAGUAACUUGCCAGCUGUCUGGCUAAGCUCGCGAGUGUCUGAAUGCCAACUCUGUGGGUGAUGGAGUUGAGCAGGCAACUCUGUGGGAAGAUGAGGAGGUCCAGUAAGAGGGCCCAACUCUCCUGUUCUCCUACUUCUACUCGGGGCCUGGAAAUCCACUUUUACACACCGGAGGUGCACCAGCUAGAGUACUUCAAAGGCUGCUACACCGCGUUGGAGCUCUGUGUGGAUGCUGCCAAGAAAUGCUCAAUCUCUCCCUUGUGCCAUAACCUAUUUGCCCUCUACGAUGACACAACUGGCAUUUGGUACCCCCCCAACUAUGAGUUCAAUAUCACAGAUGAAACCAGUGUCAAGUUGCACUAUCGCAUGAGGUUUUAUUUCAGAAACUGGCAUGGCACCACUGAAGGAGAGUCUCCAGUUUGGAGACACUGCAUCAGUAAACUCAAAGGAGGAUUUAGCCCACAGAAAACACCAGAAGGAACUCCCCUACUGGACGCUGCCUCUCUUGACUACUUGUUUGCCCAGGGGCAGCAUGACUUUCAGACAGGCGUGGUUCCGCUGAGGAUGUCCCUCUCAGAGGCCGAGCAACACGAGAUAGAAAACGAAUGUUUGGGCAUGGCUGUGCUUGCUAUCACUCACUAUACAAUGGAUAUGCCCACACCGAUUGCUUCCCAUGAAAUCAGCUACAAACGUUUCAUCCCAGAGUCGCUGAACCGCAACAUUAAGCAGCGCAACUUCCUGACACGCAUCCGCAUCAACAAUGUCUUUAAGAAAUUCCUCAGUGAAUUCAACCGCCGCACAAUGAAGGACAGCAACAUCACGCUGUACGACCUGAAGAUCAAGUACCUGGCCACACUGGAGGGCCUGACCAGCGGCCUGGGCAGUGAGGUGCAUGAGCCCAUCUCGCUCAGUUUAACGCAGGAAGGAGAUGUCUGCAAUGGAGGUUACACUGGGCACAUCAACCAGAACCAAGGACAGAGCAAGAGUGAGAACACGGAGACUAAUUAUGGCAUGGAGAUCCUGGUUACUGGUACCACCGGCAUUUCCUGGAGGAAGAAGCCUUCUACAACACCUGUGGUCGCCAAAGAAAAGGGCAAGUCAAAGAAGAACAAGUUGGAUGGAAAACAGAAAAAUGAUAAAAAGAAAGAGGUGAAUGACAGCUGGGUAGUGUUCUGUGACUUCCAUGAGAUCACACACACUGUCAUCAAAGAGGCGACGGUCACCAUCUACAGACAGGACAACAAGAGGAUGGAGUUGCACAUGGCUUCUAGGGGUGAGGCUCUGUCCUUUGCAGCCCUUGUGGAUGGUUACUUCAGGCUGACAGUGGAUGCCCACCACUUUCUGUGCAAAGAGGUGGCCCCAGCGUCAGUGGUGCACAACAUCAAGAACGGCUGCCACGGACCCAUCUGCACGGAGUAUGCCAUCCACAAGCUGCGUCAGGAGGGCAACGAGGAGGGUACCUACAUCCUGCGCUGGAGCUGCACUGACUACCAGUACAUCAUCAUUACUGUGGUCUGCAAUGAGAUCGACCUGAUGGAGUCACGUUCUGUGUGUCAGUAUAAGAACUUCCAGAUUGAAGUGUCAUCUGAAGGGUUCCGCCUGUACGGCACUGAAACGUUUCGGACCACUCUUGUUGAGCUGCUGGAGCACUUGGAGGGCCAAAGCCUUCGCACCGACAACCUCCAGUUCCAGCUGCUACGCUGCUGCCCUCCACAGCCCAGAGAGGUUUCUAACUUGCUGGUGGUCACUAAAGAAAGAGCACCGACCCCUCAGACUCUCAUGCAGACUCAGCUCAGCUUCCAUCGCAUUCUCAAGGAGGAGAUUGAACAGGAGGAGCACCUUGGGCGGGGAACAAGAACCAACAUCUACUCAGGCACCCUGAAGGUGAAGAGUGAGGAAGAUGAUGAUGCAGGUUACUCAUCCUUCCAGGAGGUCAAGGUGGUCCUAAAGGUGCUUGGUUCUGGACACAGGGACAUCUCCCUGGCUUUCUUCGAAACAGCCAGCAUGAUGCGACAAGUGUCCCAUAAACACAUAGUGCUGCUGUAUGGAGUGUGUGUCCGCCACCAGGAGAAUAUCAUGGUGGAGGAGUCUGUCCAGCUAGGACCACUGGACUUGUUUAUGAGGAGACAGCAGAGCCCACUCGGCACACCAUGGAAGUUCCAGGUGGCCAAGCAGCUGGCCUCAGCUCUGAGCUACUUGGAGGACAAAAAGCUGGUUCAUGGCUUUGUGUGUGCUAAAAACAUCCUGCUGGCCAGAGAUGGACGGGGCACCGAUGAAGGAGGGCCCUUCAUCAAGCUCAGCGAUCCAGGAAUACCAAUCACAGUACUCACCAGAGAGGAGUGUGUGGAUCGUAUCCCAUGGAUCGCUCCAGAGUGUGUGAAGAGCACGUCCUCCCUGAGUGUCGCAGCAGACAAGUGGGGCUUUGGUACGACUCUGUGGGAGAUCUGCUAUGAUGGAGAGGUCCCCCUCAAAGACAAGAAACUCACAGAGAGGGAGAGGUUUUAUGAAACCGAGUGCCAACUGGCCACCCCAGACUGCAAAGAGCUUGCAGAACUGAUGACCCACUGCAUGAACUACGACCCCAAGAAGAGACCUUUCUUCAGGGCAAUUGUCAGAGACAUAGACAUGCUAGAGGAAAAGAACCCAUCUAUCAAACCCCAGCCUACACCAGAGGUGGACCCAACUAUGUUUGAAAAGAGAUUCCUAAAGAAGAUCAGAGAUCUGGGAGAGGGUCACUUUGGUAAGGUGGAGCUGUGUCGCUAUGACCCUCGGGGAGAUAAAACAGGUGAGCUGGUGGCAGUGAAGUCCCUAAAGCCAGAGAACCGGGAGGAGCAGAGCAACAACCUCUCGAGUGAGAUCAACAUCCUGAAGGCACUCUACCAUGAAAACAUUGUCAAGUACAAAGGCAUCUGCCAAGAGGAUGGUGGUCAGGCCAUCAAGCUGAUCAUGGAGUACCUUCCACUGGGCAGUUUAAAGGAGUAUCUACCCAGAAACAAAAGCAAGACCAGCCUCAGCACCCUGCUCAGCUACUCUAUCCAGAUAUGCAAGGGAAUGGACUAUUUGGGAUCUCGAAAUUACAUCCACCGGGACCUGGCUGCCCGGAAUGUGCUGGUGGAAAACGAGAGGACGGUGAAGAUCGGAGAUUUCGGCCUCACCAAGAGCAUCAAGGACAACGAGGGAUAUUACACCGUCAAAGACGAAAACGACAGCCCUGUUUUCUGGUAUGCUCCAGAGUGUCUGACUCACUGUAAGUUCUACCUUGCUUCCGACGUUUGGUCCUUUGGGGUGACAAUGUAUGAACUCAUCACCUACUGCGACUCGUCCAAGAGCCCGAUGACGCUUUUCCUCGGGAUGAUUGGUCGAACUCAGGGUCAGAUGACUAUCAUCCGAUUGGUGAAUGUGUUGUCAGAAGGGAGGAGGUUGCCACGUCCCGAAGGCUGUCCUGAGCAUGUGUACGAGCUGAUGCGUCGAUGCUGGGAGAACACGCCCGAGAGGAGAAUCACCUUCAAGCGGCUGGUGGAGGAGCUGACCACCAUGCAGCAACAGCAACAACCACAAAACAACCUUUAAACCCCCUCAGACUGUUAAAGCUCUGGGAGUGAAGUUGACGUUUGCGUGCAGACUCGGGACCGGAACAGCAACACUGACCUGAGAGCAGCAGCUGCUUGUGCAGCUUCAUUGUACUAAGAGACAGCCCUAAAGGAUCAAAGCCUUACACGCCAUGCUCCCUCAUACUCGCAUAUAAACCUUCCACAACCGAGAAAAGACUUUCAAUCCUAUCAGUCAUUUUAGUCUGCAAUAUUUUUAUUUCUCAUAUUUGUCAUACUAGUCCGAGUUAUGAGUAUUUUAAAUGAAACCGUGUAUCCUAUCAACUAUUGUAGCCUAAGCCUGAUGCUAAACGUGACCUAUCUUAGAAAGGACUUCCGAGUGUAUCUAACGGAUUUAAUUGUCUGCAUUGCCAGAAAUGUCAAAUUUGGCCUGGCUUUGCCGCUGUAAUGUGCCAGAGGCCUUUCUAAUGGCGUGGACUGAUAUCACUCUCACUGAUAGACUCAAUGAAGACCGAGCAUCGGAAGGCCACGCCCACUUUCAUACGGUCAAACGAUUAUGUGGUGGUAUUCUUUGUAACGGACAGCGAGUGGAUCACUGAUGAAUCAUGUUGAGCAUUGCUCCGAUGGAUGGACACAGGCAUUAACACAUACUGAAGAUGUGGUUUUUCAAGGUUUAGGCCACGGCUGUUUGUCUCAUGGACUCCCAUUUGGGUGUAUUUCUUCUUCUAGUUAGAGCGCCAUGGAGUGAUGGAUAAAAUAUUUUCUGUGCAGAUGCAGUCACUAAGAACUGGCUUCAAAUCAGUCAUUUUCUAGCUAAAAUGACAAAAAUAUAUUGGUUCUAGCUUUUAGUUUUAGACUGUUGGAUUAAACAAACAAUUUAAAACAUGUCUUAGGUUUAGGAAACUGUGGCGGGCACUUUCCACUAUUUUUGGACAUUUUAUAGACCAAUUUAUUGAGUCUUACCCAAAGUGACCAGACACAGGAAGGUUUGAGUUGCAUCUGCACAGGAACAGAACUUUUUUUUGUCUUUUAAAGGUUAUGGCUCUCUCAUCAAUCUUCCAUGUGGUUUCAUCUUCAAAUAACCAGGAUUUACAUCUUUUGCAUUGUAUUAAGGACCUCGUAUUGUUUAGGGUGGUCCAGUUUAUAAUCUCUAAUCAAGCUUUGUUCUUUAAAUGUAAGAAAUCAGGUAAGUUAGUGGAGGAGAUACAGAUUAGUACCUGUGAGAGACACUUGAGGGCAGUAGCACUUCACUUUUUCUCUCCCUCUGUGUUUGCAGCUUUCCACAAAUACUUAACAAAAUGUCUAUAUACUAUACAGGAUAGUGUACACAAAAAAGGAUAGUUACAGAUUGUAUAUUGAACACACACUUUAAAGUCCAAAAGAACAAUCAUUGUUCACAUGAAAUUUUAUGUUAUUACGGUUAAAACUAUUUUGAGUGACAUUCAUGAAAAUGAUGUAUGUGUGUUCUACUUGUAAUGUUUUCUUUUAAUUUUCCAAUAUGACCGAACAUUUAUACCAGUGUAUUUUAUGAGUAUGUGAAAUAGUUUGAGCAGAGGGUUUUUUUCUUUUUUAAAUCCAUUAGUAGACAAACAGCAAAAUGUUGCUCAGUCAUCAUGACUAUGGUCAGUUGUUCAUGUAACUGUAUGGCUUGUACUGUGAAUAUCAACAAAAAAAAUGGAUUGUCAAGA